CGCAGCCUGCUCGCCACUCGGAGGACCAAGGCCCAAGAAAAAAUCUAGUAGAAACACACAACAACAAUGGUGUUCUAAUUUCAGUCGAUAAUUCCAUUGCAUUGUGUUUUGGUUACUUACAUAACUAAAUUAAAAUAAUUUAUUUAAAUUUAAUAGAUGAAAAAUGAUAAUCCCGGUUUACACAAACUAACCACAAGCUACGGCUGGAUAUAUUUUUUCCCAGAUGGAUCAGUAACAACACGAAAUAAUUAAAUUAUCUUAGAGAUAUCAUUGUCAAAAACAAUGAAUUAUUGUACUUGCUAUUUCACUGUUAUUUUUUUUAUUUUUGCUGUGAAUAUAAAGAAUUCUUUUUCUCUAUACAACAAACCAUGGAAUGAGAAAUAUGAAAAUAAUAAAUGUCCCAAAUUGUUUCCAAAGAACUUUGAUAAUUAUGCGCCAGUGGGUAACUAUACUGCUGGCAACUAUACAGAACAGACAAACUUAAAAGGGUUAAGGCAAUGUGUGAUGGCGUGUUGUCUCAGUGACACAUGUAACAUUGUAUUUAUCAUGGACUCCCGCUGCUACCAUGUGGAAUGUGUUAGCGACGAGAUGUGCUUGCCACUCUUGAGGACUGGCAAUCACAAGUGGAACUCCCACUUCUCAAUGAUAUUAGUCAAACCUGUCCUACCAAAUGAAAACUGGUCAGAAAUAUUAUAUCAGUCCAACUAUGGAGAAGUCAGCAAUAACUUUUCACCUGAAGAUGAGACUAUUUAUUCUCCUUAUACAAACAGACACAAUGAACAAAUUCCUGAUGAAGAAGAUUCAAAUUUCCUGUCUCAUUUCAUAAACAAUUUGCCAAGUAUAGAGGAUGGAGAUAGAGGAAACCUCGAUAAGUUCAGAGACAAUACUGAUGCGGAUCUUAUUAUGGAAUCAAGUAAUUUCCUUGAGAAAAUGCCUUGCGAAGUAGAAGCAGGGGAUUGUCCAUAUAAUGCAGAAUGUAUUCCUAUCAACCAUGGCCAUGGUAUUUGCAAGUGUAUUCCUGGUACAGAACUUUCAGAAGGCUCUUGUGUUGCUGUCCGCCCAUUUUCCAAAGGACCCACUAUUGGAAUAGAUACUCUGAAGAAAUCUGGAGAUUUAGUUUCUGGUGGAAAAACUGACGACCAAACUGAUGUUUCAACACCAAAGACUAUACAAAACUUGACAGUUUCUGUCUCAGAUCAGAAGGUACAAUUACCUGAUAACCAAGUGACGCUGGCAGCCUUCACUAUACCUGAUGAGAAGGCCACAAUGAGCCAUUACAACUAUGUGUGGACUUUAGUGGACCAAUCCAAGGGAGGAUUCACGGGUAACAUGCAUCAAGAGGGUGCCACUGUCAAGCUAACGGACCUCACAGAAGGCCAAUACAGGUUCAAGGUGACCGUGAACGGAACCAACUCAUAUGGGGAAGGGUUUGCAACCGUGACGGUACUUCCCAAACUGCGCCAAAACACGGCGCCUCAGGUGGUCAUAACGCCACAAACACAAACUGUCAAACUGCCCAACUCAGGCGCUGUUUUGGACGGCAGCGCUAGUAAGGACGACACAGAAAUAAUAUCUUGGCAUUGGGAACUAACGUCUGGGCCCAUUGGCUAUCAGCCGCCCCUGGAGGACGGAGCCACAUUAGUGCUCAAAGACCUCAAACAGCCAGGCAACUACACCUUCAAGCUUACAGUCGAGGACUCGGACCAUGUCAAAAACUCUACUACGGCUAACAUUACAGUUUUGAACCAUACUGAUUACCCACCAGAAGCUAAUGCAGGACAAGAUGUAAUAUUGUAUUUGCCUAAGAACCACUUAACACUGAAUGGAAGCCUGUCCACCGAUGACCACGAAAUCAAGUCCUGGGAAUGGACCAAGUCUGCAGAAGAUGAGAAUAAAGCUGUUGACAUGCAAAAUACGCACAGCCCUUAUUUGGAGCUGUCAAAUCUAUCAGAAGGUGUGUAUACGUUCGUGCUCAAAGUGACGGAUUCCUCUGGACAGUCUUCCACCGCUGAAGUCCACGUAUUUGUCAAGCCCCCCACUAACACCCCCCCUGUCGCUGACGCUGGAUCCGAUGCUUUCAUAUCUCUGCCGCAAACGUGGAUCACUCUAAACGGUACGGCGUCACACGACGACCACCGCAUCGUCGCUUACACUUGGCGUUGCCUGUCCGGACCUACUAACUCUAGCAUAAUAAACUUUAACGAGUCGGUUGCGAACGCUACCUCGCUCACGAAAGGGGAGUACAUGUUUUCUCUGACCGUACUCGAUGACAAUGGAAACACCGCGUCGGAUAACGUCAGCGUUACUGUCACUCAAAAUCAAAACACUCCGCCGAAAGCGAACGCGGGCGGCGACCAUGUGCUAAACCUGCCUAUUCCCGUGCUCGUCCUUAACGGGUCGCGGUCGUCUGAUGACUUCCGCAUCGUGUCGUGGAAGUGGACCCGCUCUCCCUCGGGGCUGGCUUCGGGCACUGUCAUACUGCACUCCGAUACACAGCCGGUCUUGAUGCUAACUAACAUCGAAGCUGGCCGCUACGUAUUCGAAUUGACCGUAACAGACGAUCAAGGGGAAUCGGGGCGAGACACGGUCAGCGUGCAAGUGAAGCCCGACCCUUUGGACAUGAAUCUUUUAGAGUUGACCCUAAACACACCCGUGGCCACCUUCACCCAAGGUCAGCUCGACUCGCUGGUGCAGAAGAUGACGUUGUUGCUGAAAGAUGAUGUCAAGGUCAACGUGACGGCUGUACGCGGUGAAAUCGACUCGGGGAAUACGCAGAUUAUCUUCUUCUUGUCAAAAGAUGGAAAGCCUCUAGACGGCCUGCGGGCGCUGUCAGUGUCGCGCGCGGCGGCGGCGGUGGAGUCGUCGGCCAGAGUGCGCUCGGUGCGCUGCCUCAGCACGUGCUCCGGCCGCGGCACGUGCGACCCGGCCUCGCGCUCGUGCCGCUGCGACGCCUUCUGGAUGCAGAGCUUGUUCACGCAGCUCGCGCCCGAUGCUUUGCCAGAUUGUGACUGGUCGGUGGUGUACGCGAGCCUGGGCGGCGUGUGCUUGGUGUGCGCGGCGUGCGCGGCGUGCUGGGGCGCGGUGCGCGGCGCGCGCGCGGCGUGCGGCAGUCGCGUGCCGCGCGCGCGCGCCAAGUACCGUCUGCUGCCGCUCGCCGCGCGCGACGACGGGCUGCUUGCCGGCAAAGACGCAUCUGAAUCGGAUACAGAUUCGGACGUGCUAUUCGAGUCUAAAGGUCAGAGCACAUCGUUCCUUUCGCGCAGUAUGAACGGGGACGCGACCCAGAGCAACGGCUGGAAGAAGAACGGCCACUACAAGGGCAGCAGGAAGGUCAAGACGUAGUCGAUGCUGUACUGCCGGCGGGUAAGCGAAGUGGUCUUAAGAUAUGUGUCCGGCAAAUCGGAUUACAAACGAAAACAGCAAUGCUUCGCUCUAAAGGUGCCUCCACCAAAGACAAAUUGUCACUCGUUUUGAUGACAGAAGUUAGCAUUUUUCUUUAGUGGAGACGCAACGUUACUCAAUAAUAAAUAAAUGUGACAUUCAGGUGUAAAAGAGACGGCGUGUACUUACAAAUGCACAUGUAUGUAUAUUAAUAUAAAAUACAUAGUACACGUGAAAGUGUUGAUAUAUAAUAUCGGAACUACGGUAAUCUACCUAGGAUACAAGUAAAGGUGAAUUGGAGACUGUUAUGUAUAUAUUCCAAUCAAUCAAGAUGAUUUGAAGAGUCAUUGAUGAUAGAUGUAUCUAUAUCUAGACGCUGGUAGUGCCAUUUAUAUGUAUAGUUUCGACUACAGUCUGUCAAGAAAGAGAAGAAACGGAAUUUUUAACGAACUACAUUUUUAUUCCAUUGCAAUACAAAAUUUGGAAUGAAUUAAAAUUGGCUAAGAUGUGACCUGUUGGUCGUUGGUGAUUUAUUUUCUUCGCUUCAUUGACAGUCUGUACUUGAAAUUGAUCUAUUACCAAAAUGUAUUUAGUAUAUUCGUUAGUUCCGGUAGAUCAUAUGCAAAUAAAUUUUGACAAAGCGUGGUCGAAUGCAUAAUAAUAGAAAAACUGCACGGUUUUUGUACUAUAUUCAGAAUGUGACAAACUUUGAACAAAUUAAUUCCGAAAAAAUAUAAGUAAUUGAUUUGUCAUAAGUUAAUCAGACUGGCAUUAGUGUUGACUGAAAAUUGAUAGUAUCACUAUCGAUAGUGUACCUUGAAUACCAUCUAAGACAUCGAUAGUGCUAACUAAAUUAGAUUAAAGCUAUCGACAGCUGCGAAAGCAUUAAUGCUAUUGAAAUAUCUAUAGUAUAUCGAUACUAUUGAUUUGCUUCUACUCUCGAUUGUGGGCUAUCGAGCAGAAACACCAUUUUUGUUUAGUGGCAUUUUGUUUAAGUUUUAGUUGCUGACAGUAUAGAUAAAUGUAGUAAUGAAUCAUACGUGCCUAUUGGUGUAAGUCUCCCAUACGAAAUGCAAGCACCUCAUUUUAUGGUGUUAGUUGUUAAGGAUAUAUCAAGCUGACUUGGCUAUGAACAAAACAAACACAUAAAACAUUGUGAAUUUAUUUAUAUGUGACAUAUUUUAAAGAGUGUAGUCUAUUCUUUUUGAAUAAGUAUGUAUAUAUAUAUAUAUAUGUUAUAUUACUAUAACUUAAGGCUCAAAAUUUAACUAUUUAAUAUAACUAUUAUGCGAACCAAUAAGGAGCUAUCGAUACCUAUAAUUAUGUUUUUAAACACCAGCAAAAUUUUCACUAUAUGCUUAUUUGACAAAGUCUGGUCAAAUGCAUAAUAAUAGAAAAACUGCACGAUAAAUAAAAGAAUAUAAAAAAUAAUGAAAUUAGGCGUACGCGAAGAGAGGCCUAUGCUCAGCAGUGCGCACAAAGAGGCUGAAAUGAUGAUGCUCAGUACAGCUUAGUACAUAAAAUACAACAACUUGCAAAUAAUAUUUCGAUAGUACUAAGACCAUACAAUUUUUCAUAUUAAUUCUGAUCGUUGAGCUAUUUGUAUGGGAGAGUAAAAAUAUUUUUUACAAUAGAUUUCAGCGAGAUGAUUGGUGUUUUAAAAAUGCACCUGUAUGUUCACUAUUGUUACAAUAGUGCCAGAGUUUGUGAUCUGAAAAGUAUUACAUACAUGUAUUAAAUAUAUGUUUACAAAGCAAUGUCUACCAUCCGGCAACUUAAUAAUAUGUAUUCCAACUUUUCUACAUAUUUAAUAACUUAGAUUUGUAUUGAAGUUCCCAGUAUAAUAUAGAAAAUGAUGACAUGCACAAUGUACUUAAGAUAGGUAACCAUGGAUUAUGGAAUCAUUAUAGAAGACAUUAGAAUGGUAGAUAUUAAGGAUAACUGAGGCUGUGGCCGCAUAUACUUGUACAGAAACAAGAUUCCCGUUUACAUAAAGUAAUUUCAUAGUAUUAGUUGUCAUUUGCCAUAAUAUUGUAUGCAUCGUGUUAUCUUUAUCGAGAAAAAUAAUGCAGACAAUUGCUUGCGGUUGUUAAGUGUUGUCGGUCUUUGUAUAGUUUUCCUUGUGAAUUUAGUUCCGAUCGUAUCCCCAAAUAUUGUUUUGUACAUAUAUACGUCGCAGUAUUAUAAAACUGCACCUACAAUUUGGCUGCCAAAGUACAAAUUUUUAUAUUGUAGGUACAUUUGCCACAAUUUUCAUGAAUGAGUUAAUGAAUUAUGCCCAUUUUGUCUUUUCAUGCAUUUGAAUGUCGGAAAGGAACAAUGUCUGGAGUUAUUAUUAUCAUAAAUGACUAACUUCUUUCGUGCAUAGGUACAAUGCAAAAUUAUAUUUUAGACAAAAUGCACACUAUAAUAGUAAUUUGAAAUUCUCCAAAAAUUAUAUUUA